AGAAAUUUGUUUGUCAUCGUCGCCGUCGGAACAUCAGAAUCAGAAGCGGUUUCUGGAACGUAAAAUUUCGAUUCGUUUGAGACUGUAAAAGAAGGAAAUCACUCACGAUGGAGACUUUGAUGGGAAUUCGUGGCCCGGACUUUGUGAUGCUGGCGGCCGAUUGCUCGCACGCGCACUCGAUCAUGGUCCUGAAGGACGAUGAAAACAAAAUCUACAAGAUCUCGGACAACCUGAUGAUGGCCACUAUUGGUGAGCCGGGUGACCGGGUUCAGUUUACCGAGUACAUCAGCAAAAACAUCCUGCUGUACAAGAUGCGCAACGGGUACGAGCUGGGCCCGAAGUCGGCGGCUCACUUUACCCGGAAGAAUCUGGCGGAUUACCUGCGGUCACGCACCCCGUACCAGGUGAAUGUGCUGGUCGGUGGAUACGAUGAGGCGGACGGUGCCCAGCUGCACUACAUUGACUAUUUGGCCAACUCGUUGCCGGUCAAGUACGCGGCCCACGGGUACGGAGGACUGUUCGUGUCAAGCAUCCUGGACCGGUACCACCACGAGAAGAUUACGCAGGAGGAGGCGUACGAGAUCAUGAAGAAGGGCGUGGCGGAGAUCCAGAAGCGACUGAUCAUCAACCUGCCCAACUUUAAGGUGUCGGUCAUCGGCAAGGACGGCAUCAAGGAGCUGCCGGUGAUUUCGGCGGAAUCGCUCAAGGAACCGGUUGCGGCCUAAGCGGAAAGGAGGUAUGAAUGAGGCGCGAGAGAAAGGGGAAAAUAAAUUUUGGUUCACAUUAUUCUACACGGUAAAGAACGUA